UUUGAAAUUUGGCGGCAGAGCGAUUGUUGCGCCACAGUGUCGAUUACCGGAACUACUAACGAUAUAUAAAUAGUCCGCCAUUUUGCUUUCUGUUCUUUCCAGUUUGAGUAGUUUUGGAGUGAACAUCUCGUCGUUGAAUCUUCGUUUUCUUCGCUAUCAUGGCGUCGAAAGUAUCGCGUGAUACUCUCUACGAGUGUGUAAAUGGAAUCCUUCAGAAUUCCCAGGACAAAAAGAGGAAAUUCUUGGAAACAGUGGAACUUCAAAUUGGCUUGAAGAAUUACGAUCCACAGAAGGACAAGCGUUUCUCAGGCACCGUCAAGUUGAAGAAUAUCCCAAGGCCAAAAAUGCAGGUUUGCAUUUUGGGAGAUCAACAACAUUGUGACGAAGCAAAAGCCAAUAAUAUUCCAUUUAUGGAUGCUGAAGCUUUAAAGAAACUUAACAAGAACAAAAAACUUGUCAAGAAACUUGCAAAGAAAUACGACGCUUUUCUCGCGAGUGAAUCGCUCAUCAAGCAAAUUCCACGUCUCUUGGGUCCAGGCUUAAAUAAAGCCGGUAAAUUCCCUGGUCUUCUUUCUCACCAGGAGUCAAUGGUCGGAAAAAUCGACGAAGUUAAAGCCACCAUCAAAUUUCAAAUGAAGAAGGUAUUAUGUCUAUCUGUUGCCGUUGGACACGUGGACAUGUCACAAGACGAGCUCGUCCACAAUAUUCAUUUGUCAAUCAAUUUCCUCGUGUCAUUGUUGAAAAAACAUUGGCAAAAUGUACGAUCACUUCACAUCAAAUCGUCAAUGGGUCCACCACAAAGACUUUACUAAAUAUUUUGUUAUUUUUUAACAAAAACUCGAUGAUAAAAAAAAAAAGAAAGAAAACUCCACUCCGAUAACAAUGUUUUCUCUUAAAAUAAAGAAAAAAGCAAACAUUGUUUUGGAAACAAAAAAAUUAUUGUCUUUCUUUCUACACCAAUAAUUCUCAUGAUUUUUUUUAUUUUACGAUGGAAAAAAAAGAAAUGUCAUCGAGACAUUAAAUUUAAAAAAAAAAUUUUUUUUUAAAGUUUAAAA